GUGUAAGACAGUGGGCAAAUAUCAGUGGCAGCUUGAAAACACACACUCACACAGAUUCACGGUUCUGCACCACCAAAGGGCUUCAUUGAGGUCUUAAAACAAGCUGUCUCCUUUCUGUAGCUGCUGAUCAGACAGGGUUGUUUCUCACCAGCUGUCUCAAUGGCGCUCCUGCUCGGUGGCAUGUUGGUGUUGCUGUGUGUUUCUGGAGCUGUCCAGGACACUUCAGACGCUGUCACUGACAUGGAUUAUGGAGGCAUUCCUCUGUGGAUUAACCGGCUGCUGGGUGAGCCCAGUGUUCUGAGUCUGCAGGGGCGGAUUGACCCUGGCUGGUUCCGAGCUAACAACCCCCAGAGCUGCCCUGCUGAGUGUGAAUGUCCCAUCCAGUGGCCCACAUCCCUCUACUGUGACCACCAGGGACUAAAAGGCAUUCCUGAAGGGCUGCCAGAGAGAACUGAGUACUUGUUUUUACAGGGUAACAACAUCUCAUCCCUGUCCUCCUCCAGUCUGGCCAACAUCACUGGUCUACGCUGGAUCAUCAUCGACAGCAACCAGCUGCAGAGCGAAACUCUGGAACAGGCUGCUCUGCAGAACCAAACCCAGCUACGCUACCUUUUUGCCAAUCAUAACCAGCUGACUUCAGUCCCUGGCGCUCUACCAGCUGGACUACAACAGCUGCGCCUGGCCCACAACCAGAUCAGCAGCAUCAGCCCUGGCGCCUUCCAGCACCUGCGUAGUCUGACGCUGCUUCUGCUGCAAGGAAACAGACUGAAGAUCGUCACAGAUGGUGACCUCAAAGGUUUGUUCAGUCUGAACCUUUUGGACCUGAGUGGAAAUUUGUUUUCCAUCCUUCCCAGACAUUUACCUCCUUCCAUCCAGCAGCUCUACCUGUCUAAGAACUCUCUCUCUGGGCUGGACCAGGACAGUUUUGUGGGUUUUACCAACCUGAAGUAUCUACGUCUCAGCCACUGUGGCCUGAAGAGCCGCAGCAUCCAUCCUCAUGCCUUUAACUUAUCCAGCCUGGUGGAGCUGGACCUGUCUUAUAACAAACUGACCAGCAUUCCCACCGUGCCCACCACACUGCUCUACCUCUACCUGGAGGCCAAUCAGAUCCAAGAGUUCAACGUGACCAGUUUGUGCAGAGACGUUGGACCCCAGUCCUACUCCAGGAUGAAGAUCUUAAGGUUGGACGGAAACAAAAUAACCUACCACCAGCUCCCCCCCGACUGGGUUUACUGCCUGCGAGUGCUUCAAAAUAUUUACAUUUGACUCCACCCUCUGGGGGUAGAGAAUAAAAAGUACUGCGUGUACCCCUCCAAACUCCAAAUGGUGCUACACAGGAAAGAAAACCUUGACUGAAGUUCUGACUUUGUUGUUCAACUCAUCUUUUGUAAACUUUACUUGACAAUAAAGUUUGAAAUCAGGGCGAA